AUGAAUUAAAAUUAAGACAGUCAUGUUAUUUAUCAAGAAUUGCUCACUAGUUCAUUAAAUAAGCUCCUUAAGCUUCUUCCAAAAUAAAUGGUUAGUCUUAAGACAUUGAUUGAUAAAUCAUUAGGUAUUAAUAAUUUAAUAAUAAGAGCAAAUUGAAUAGACAAAAAAUGAUGUUAAUAGGUUUGCAACAAAUGCCAAUAAGUAUUUCAUCAUCUAUAAAUAUUGUAUCGAUAUCAAACAUAAUAAAAUUACUGAAUGUUGCCUCUAUGACCUUGAAGUAUAAUUUCCCUCUAUUUUAAGAAAUUGAUAUCCUAAAACUUUAUAGAUGGUUAUUCUUAUGAUUACUUAGAAUUUGAAAAGGGUAAAUAGAAAGAUAGGAUGCUCAUAGAUUCAAUUGUAGAAUCCAUAAUAAGCUGUACUAAAUUGUAAGAUGAAAAUUUACAUUAUCUCAUUGUAAAAUGCAUAGAUGCUUUAUUUAAAUAAUAAAGAUUGCUUAUUAGUGGAGAGACAUUAUUGUCUACAUUUAAAGCUUAUUUACAUCUUUAUAAAUUAGGAAUGGGUUCCAUAAAGAAUAGUAUCAAAUAGGCUAUAAAGAGUGUAUAUGACAAUAGUCAAGUAAAAGUUGAUAUGGAAAAUAUGUUGAAUAAAGGUUUGUCAUGGAAUUCAUUUUAUGAUGAACCUAAGGAGAUAGAAGAAGUAGCAAUAUCAGAUGGAGAUAUUGUUGAAUAUGUGUCAAUCACAUUGAGACAUAUGGUAGAUGAUGUUAUUUUAUACAAUGAAAGAAUAAAAACUGGAUAAGCAAAUAUUCCUAUAGCAUCUGUUCCUUAAGCAUGGGAAGCAGAAGAUAUUAAAUACAAAAAUUAUAUAGAAGUAAAGGUUGUUGAAAAUGGAAUUACAUCAGGAAAAUUUGGUUGGUGUAUUUUAUGUAGAUAACCAGCUCCUUAUUUUUGUAAAGAUACUAGAGUGCCUGUAUGUUCAGUACCUUGUAAAAAGAAACAUUUCGAAAUGAUUGAAAAUAUUAAAAUUAUGUAGAGUGGAUAAUAGAGUAGGAAUGAUGAUUGUUAAAUCAUUUUCAAAUAUUUAUCAUCAAAAGCUAAUAAAGAUAAAAAUAUUAAGAAAGAAGUUUGUUUAGAUUUUAUUCUAUAUAUUGUAGAAUCUUAUCCAUUACAUAUUUAAUCAUUAAAUUUUGAUGAGAAUUUUAUAAAUAUGAUUUGCUUAAAUUUGAAAAAUAAAAGAACAUCAACUACUACAUUUAAAAUAUUAUUAUUAUUAAUAUUUCAUGCAAGAGAUCUCUUAUAAAUACAAUUAGAAAUUAUAUUUGAUUUUGUUAUUAAUAAAUUACCUUCUGAUUAAACAUCAGCUUUUCUUGAUUUUACACUUUAAUUAAUUGAGUAUCCAAAAUUAAUAUUAGAACUCUUUACAAAUCAUGAUUGUGUAAUUGAAAGAAAGAAUGUAGUUUAAACAUUAUUUGAGAAGGUAGCUUAAAUUGCUUAAGGAGAGUAAACUAAUUAAGAUAAUUGUCUUAUUGCCAAUAGUAUUAUUUAAAAACAUCUUCAAUAAUUUAUAAAACUAGUUUAAGAAGAAUAGAAUAAUAGUAUUGCUGGUUAUAAUUCAGAAUAAAUAGAGGAAUAAAAUCAUGAUUAAUUAAAAAAAAUGAUAAAAAAUAUUGAACAUUUUGAUCAGUAAUUUAAUUAUAUAUAUAAGGGCAUGA